AUGCGAGACAGAGGGAGUUGUUCUGUUAUGGUGUGUAGUUAUGGUUACAUUAUAGGAACUAUGUUAAUGAGCUAUUGGAUCAAUGGAGUGGGAGGUUCGAUCCAUGAAUACAAGAGCGAAGCUUUCAUUCCUCGUUUCAAUUCCUUCUUCUUCCAUGGUGGUAGUGAGGGACUAUAUGCUUCCAAAGUCCUCGAUACCACAGAUGAUAAACCCCUCAAUGGCAAGUCCUUCAUCAGGUUUGAGUCUAUUACUUUUCGAAGAACAAAGGAGGUUGCCAGUAAGCAGAAUGAGAUGCAGCGGAGUACUGGAUUAGUUGAAGCUAUAAUAGUUGAGGUCAAAGAAAGGGAUAAGAUUGGUGGUGCUUAUCAAAAUUCCAAUGCAAUAUGCUGUACCCCAGCUCUUGCCAAUGAUGGAUCCUGCAAGGUAGGAGAGGUUAUUAUCCGCCAAGACCCUGAUAACCCUGGCUGGCCAAAACGGAUUCAGACUUCCUUCGAAGGAAAAAAUGAAGAUGCCAAGAUGGUGCUUCAAGCUGUUGAGAUCAAUAAGACUGGAAUGUACUAUCUGUAUUUUAUGUUUUGUGAUCCUCAACUCAAGGGCACGUUAAUAAGUGGAAGAACUGUUUGGAGGAAUCCAGAAGGUUAUCUACCAGGGAAGAUGACACCACUGAUGACAUUUUAUGGCUUCAUGUCUCUCGUGUACCUUGUUCUUGGUCUUCUGUGGUUUCUUUGGUUUGUGCAAUAUUGUAAAGAUACAAUACAAUUGCACUACCACAUCUCAGCUGUUAUCGGUCUGGGAAUGUGUGAAAUGACUCUCUGGUUUUUCGAGUAUGCAAAUUUGAAUGCCACAGGAAGCAGACCAAUGGGAAUUACACUUUGGGCAGUUACCUUCAGUGCUUUCAAGAAGACUGUUUCUCGUCUUCUUCUUUUAGUGGUUUCAAUGGGUUAUGGUGUUAUGCGACCCACCGUAGGAGCUAUAACCUCAAAAGUUCUUUUUUUUGGUGUGACGUACUUUGUGGCAUCAGAAGCUCUUGAGCUUGUUGAACAUUUGGGGAAUAUCAAUGACUUUUCUGGAAAUGCCAGGGUUUUUCUGGUGCUACCAGUUUCUGUUUUGGAUGCGUGCUUUAUUCUUUGGAUGUUUUCAUCAUUAUCUGACACCUUGGAGAAGCUUCUGAUUCGGAGAAGCAUGGCCAAACUUGCGCUCUACCGAAAGUUUACAAAUUCCCUAGCAGUAUCAGUGCUGUUUUCUGUUGCUUGGAUUGGCUAUGAGUUGUACUUUAAUGCAAGCGACCCAUUGAGUGAAUUGUGGCAAAGAGCCUGGAUCAUUCCGGCCUUCUGGACUAUGCUAGCAUACAUACUUUUGGUGGUGAUAUGCAUUCUCUGGGCUCCUUCAAAUAAUGCAACUAGGUAUGCAUACUUAGAGGAGUCAGGCGAUGACCUUGAUGAGGAGGGUAUUUCACUUUCUGGCAAUGGAGUAAAAGUAGCUACAGAAUUAGAAACCAAGCUGGAAAGAAAGGAAAGGAUGGCGCCAAUUCAAUUGCAACAGAUCAUGUGUUUGGGCUGGGAGAAGAUCUCGAGGAGGGCAAGCGAGAAUGAUGCUUGUUUACCUUCGAAUCAUAGCAUUCCACAUGGAUCGAGGAGUUCACCAUUUUCUCUUAUACCCCCUGAUUGUUAUGUAUAAAGCACCGAGGAAAACAAGUGCAGUAAUGUGAUCAAAUGCCAAAUUAAUAGCUUGAGAUUUGCCCCUUAUGCCAAUUCUUCAAGGCCAUGGUUAGAAUCAAAUGUUGAAAGAGGAGUUUCAGGUAGAUGCUAUGGGAGUUGGCAUUAAGUUGUUCUUAGUAGAUGUUUCGUGGAAGAAAUGUUAGAAUUGUUUAGAAAGAGCUUGAUAGAAGCCUUUUCUCUGGAAAGAAGCCUGAAAAUUUACCCAAGUUGGCUGGUGAAACCAUUGUAGGUUGAUGAAUGGAAUUGUAAGCAUUAACGAACUUUUAAUCUUGUAUUAUCUUGUAUUUUUUUUUUUUGAAGUUCAGCGGUUAGGAGUAUCCAGACCAACUUACGCAUAUCUUGACUAAUCUUCUUUUCGAUUCGGUCAAAAACAAACUAUCUAUUUUGCUAUUGUAUCUCAUAUCACAACAAACAACCAUUUUAAAAGCUUGUCA